AUGGAAGAUAAAUACAUUGGACUAGCACUGGCCAUCAGUUCAUCGUUGGCGAUCGGUACAUCAUUCGUUCUCACAAAAAAGGGUUUGCUCAAAGAUGGAAAUGCAGGAGAGUCGUAUUCCUAUUUAACAAAUCCGAUUUGGAUCCUAGGUACCUCCUUGAUGGCUGUUGGGGAGAUUGCCAACUUUGCCGCAUACACGUUCGCUCCACCAAUCUUGGUGACCCCUCUCGGUGCCUUAUCAGUGAUCAUUGGAGCAGUGUUUGCAUCCAUUUUUCUCAAGGAAGAGCUUGGUACCUUAGGUAAGAUGGGCUGUGCAAUCUGUCUCCUGGGUUCGGUCAUUAUCGUGUUGCACGCACCUGCAGACAAGGAAGUUGAGACUGUCGAUGAGAUUUUGAACUAUGCCGAAAAGCCAGGCUUCAUUUUAUAUGCGACUUUGGUUGGUGUUUACGCCGUGUUCAUGAUCUACAAGAUCGCUCCAAAAUACGGAACUCAGAACCCAAUGAUCUACAUCAGUAUCUGUUCGCUGGUUGGAUCGAUUUCUGUUUGUGCAAUCAAGGCUUUUGGUAUUGCUCUGAAGCUUACCCUCCAAGGAAGUAAUCAGUUUACCCAUCCUUCAACUUAUGUCUUCAUUAUUGUGGUGGUGGUUUGCAUUCUGACUCAAAUGAACUACUUCAAUAAGGCGCUGGCUCAGUUCGACACGUCGAUCGUUAACCCUCUCUACUAUGUCACAUUCACAACGGCCACACUGUGUGCUUCUUUCAUUUUGUUCCGCGGUUUCAACACCACCUCCUCUGUGAACAUCAUUUCUUUGAUUUGUGGGUUCUUGAUCAUUUUCAGCGGUGUCUACCUUUUGGACAUUUCUAGACACGGUUCUGACUCAGAGGAGCUGUUUGCUACAAACAAAGAGGGACUUUCAGAUAUUCCACUGAACUCAGACCUAUCCGCUUACCAGUUUAGAAGAUCUAUGCAAUUGAACAGAAGUCAUGCUGACUCUGCUUACCAAAACCUAAAUAGCGAUCCUUCCAAUCGUCUUCGAAGACGAUCAGACAGUUUCGAAUUGAAUUAG